AUGAGGAGAAGACUAGGGAACCGAACCAUGCUUUGGCUGCAGCUGCCAAUCAUUUUAAACUUUUUGUGUUUGGGAAACUGUGUGCUGAUGGAAGAGGAUGGCACUGUCUGUGGCCAACUCGUUAUUACUCCAUCCUUAAAAAAUGAAGCUGAACCUAUUGUAGGGGGAGUCAACAUGACCAGCUUAGAAGUUCCAUGGCAUGUAACCAUACAUUUUAACAAGUCUUAUGUGUGUGGAGGAUCAAUCCUGAGUAAGUGGUGGAUUCUCACUGCUUCUCACUGUUUCAAGAAUGAAAAUGCAACCAAUUUUGAAGUACGCCUGGCAACAGCAGACCUUAACAGUAAGAUAGGGGAGAGGAAACGUGUGAAGAAGAUCAUCCUUCACCCUAACUUCAAUCAAAUAUUCAUGGACCAUGACAUUGCUUUGCUGUUGCUCGAUUCUCCUAUAGAAUAUAACAAUGAGAAAAUACCAAUCUGCCUAGCAAAAAACAUGAUGUCUAUGAAAGGAUGCUGGGUAUCUGGGUGGGGAAGUUCAAGACCUAAAAGGAAAACGUCUACCUCACUGCAAAGGGCCAAUCUUGAACUCUUAGAUUGGGAAGAUUGCUACAAGAAAGUUUUUCUGCUCACUGAAAACAUGCUCUGUGCCUGGGAUUCUGAAGGACAGAGUGAUUCCUGCCAGGGUGACAGUGGGGGACCUUUGGUCUGUCAUAAGGGAAAUAACAAGAAAACAUGGUACCAAUUGGGCAUUGUCAGCUGGGGAGAAGGUUGUGGUCGAAAAGGGAAGCCUGGUAUGUACACUGCAAUCUCCAACUACUUGCUCUGGAUUGUGAUGCAGACCCGUAAGGCAGGUUAUCCUUACGUCAUGGAUGCUGGAAAUUUUUUUGCUCCCUCACAAUGUUUAAUUUUAACAUUGUAUUUCUUGUCUCUUCUCCUCCAAAAAAUCUUUUUUGUCUUUACAAUUACAUGA